CCAGCAUCCCUGACAGCCCCGUGAUGCUGCCAUAAAGAACGCAUUCCCGAUUGACGAUGCAGAGAGGGGCUGCUGUAUUUUCUGAAUGGUAAUUGUGAUUGGGCGCGUUCGUUCCUAAGUAGGCGUACAGGCCUAUUAUGUAUUUGCGACCACCUUCCGGAGGCAUUACAGGCUGCUCGUUACAGGCUGAUGCCGUUUCUUUUUGGGCUGCUGUGGAUACAUGCGCGUCAUAUGUUAUAGGCUGUAGUUGAGGUCCAUGUGAAUAUAUGCCUUUAUGAGUCGGGCGGCUUUCCAAGGGCAGCACGGAGCAAUAAGCGCGGCAGCGAUGUGCACGUCUGACGGCCACACGGAGCAAGUGCAGUGAGAGACCAUUUCUUCUAGUGCAGCCUUUGACUUUUCAGUUAUCGGUCACAUCCAGGGUUCAGGCUCUCCGCUUCGGCACCUCACUCGGUUCACCGCCUGGUUUUAUGCGACGUCAUGAGUUGAUCGCGCCUGACAGAUGUUGCUGUGUUGCAGAUGCACAGGCAUUGCUCCUCAGAUUCUUCUUCCUGCUGUGAUUAGGUAAAAAACAAACAAUAACAAAAAAAAACCCACCAGAAAACUGUUUAUGUGCUAAAUGUUAAGUCCUCGCUUUGCACUCGGACAGAUCGCAACGUUCACUUAGUCUUCGGGAUUGCGUAAAAUGAUACCUGGAUCCGCCGCAUCAAUGCUACCAUCAGCAGAAGCCGCGAAACUGUACCAGACCAAUUACGUCCGCAACUCCCGUGUGAUCGGACUUCUGUGGGCCAUCUUCACUAUUCUGUUCGGUAUUGUUAACGUGACCAUCUUCUCGCAGCCCUAUUGGAUUGGAGAUGGCGUGGAUACGCCGCAGGUCGGCUACUUCGGCCUUUUUCAUUAUUGUAUUGGAGAUGGACUCUCCAGAGACCUGGCCUGCCAGGGUAGCUUCACCGAGUUCUCCGCUAUCCCCUCUGGUGCGUUCAAGGCCGCCUCCUUCUUCAUUGGAAUGUCUAUGAUGCUGGUUGUCACCUGCAUCGGCUGCUUCAGUCUCUUCUUCCUCCUCAGCACAUCCACCGUGUACAAGAUCUGUGGUUGGAUGCAAGCAGCAUCAGGUGUCUGUCUGGUGCUGGGUUGCAUGAUCUAUCCUGAUGGAUGGGAUAGUGAUGAGGUCCGGCGGAUGUGCGGAGAACAGACUGACAAAUACAGCCUGGGCGCCUGCUCUGUGCGCUGGGCUUAUAUCUUGGCUAUCAUGGGGAUCCUGGACGCCCUCAUCCUCUCCUUCUUGGCGUUUGUCCUGGGGAACCGGCAGGAUGGCCUCAUGACAGAGGAGCUGCUGGCUGAAAGCAAGGAGGGAGGAAAUGCCUAACCAAAUCUUUAGGUUCGUGAAGAUCCACAUGUCUGUUUUCAUAAAGUACCAGUCGAUCAACAUCAGCUUAAAGGAGGGAGGCGGUCCAGGUCUGCGGCGGAGAGGAAUUCUGUUGAACCAGCCAGCCUGCCUUUUGCAACUACCUGCCAAAAACCCGAUGUAACCUACCUUUUGGUGUCCAUCCAUUGUGCUCACAGUCUGUACAUCAACCCAGCAUUUAGAUGGAGCCCAAAGCACUUCUAUCCUAAUGUGUCUGAGCCUUGCACAACAUUUCAUAGACCAUGGCAAGGGGCAGAGACUGUUAAUUUGUUGACAAGUAUAUGGACUACCCACUACCUACAUGAGAAGACACAGGGUUGACAUUGUACACUUGCAGCAUGAGCACAGACAAAACACACACACACACACACACACGUCAGCUCAUACAUAAGCAAAUACAACUUGUACACGAAACUUUACAUUCAAACAAAACAUACAUUAUGUAAUUACGAGUAUUAAAGUAUGUUAACACUUAGCCGUGCGUGUGUCACCGUCAGAAUGCCGAUCAUGUUUUAUUUGUGAAAAGAAAAAACGGCUCAUUUUCAGAUAAUACUGAGUUUCUGUAAAUCUAUUGUGUUUAGGUUUGACACUUAAAAGAGAGUUUUAGUUGCUUAUAUGCCCCCCUUGUCCCCCCUCACUUUACUAGAAAAAAAGAUAUUUAAGACUUUUAUAAGAAUAUUGUCACCUAAAACAGACACAACUUGUAUUACAAAGUAUGUACAGUGAAUAUUUAAGAUGUUAUAGGUAUUUUAACUAAGUCCAUUUAACGCCCUGCUAGCUAACUUUGCACAGCGCUUCAGUUUAAGAAGAAAUCUAAUAUUUUAUAGUUUGUGUAUCUACACUGUGAUGGUGGCUAUUAGGACUGACUGCUGCAGGACUCUUAGCUACUGUAUGACUUUGUGAUUCUGUACGAGUGUGUAAGGAGGUUCGUGGGUAUUUGAGUGAGUGCAUGCACAUACUGUAUGUGAGUGUUGGCGUGACUGUGGUGUGUGCAAUAGUUUGUUGGUCUAGUGAACCAAUAUGCCAACCUCACACACACACACACACACACACACACACACACACACACACACACACACACACACACACACACACACACACACACACACACACACAAAAUUGUCCCGUUGUGAAUCUCAGUCUGUGUGUGUGUUUCUGUCUUAGUCCAGUUCUUUCUGUUUCUCCCUCUUUGACUCCUUUUGUCUCUUUGCUUUGUUGGGACAUACAGGGUAACAUGAUGGGGUGGGAGUUCAAUGUGGGGCGACUAGUGUGCUUGAGUAUUGAGCUCAAGUCAUAAUGAAUUAGUAAGGCCUGUCCCAGCCUCACCUGUGGGUAUGUUCUCGUGUAAAUAGAUAUUCUGUAGAUGCCAAUUAGCAAAUAUGGGAAAGGUGGUUAACUUACAGCAAUGAAAGAGAUUCCUUAAAGAAUAAUAUUAACACUUAAUAAAGGUUUUCACUGUAAA